CAUUUUGGCUCAUUCCCCCGGGUCUAGAGAUAAAGAUGGUCAUUUUAAACUUAUAGUAACUAGUGUCUUUACUAUAUAGUAACUUAAUUUAAGCGCAUUAAAUUGUUGAAUUUAAACAAUACCUACAUUUUCCGUGAUAUCGGCAUAGGCCGAGUCUAGUAUGACAUAACCUAGUUUUCAAUUCCCUCUUGGAUUCUAAGAAUAAAACAUGCUGACUCCUUCAUUUAACAUUACUCAAAAUGACGAACACCUCUUCAUCAAAAUUCAUGCUCCAUACACACAGCUGAAAGAAGUUGAAAUUAAUGUCCUAGAAUCUGUGUUCUGGUUCUAUUCAUCACCAUAUUUUUUGAGACUACAUUUUCCAUGUGCAAUAGUAGACAAUGAUGAACCGCCUGCAAGUUUCGAUUCGGACAAAGGGGAGUUUGAGGUGCAACUUAAAAAGGUACAAGCAGGAGAAGUGUUUCCCGACUUAGAUUUGUUGGGUACUCUUUUGGCGCCCAAACGGACCCAACAAAACAUCAAACCAACAAUUGAGGUUGUUUCAGGCCUAUCCUCAGAAAAUACUGGUGACAACGAAGCCGAAGAAGAGGAUGAAGAUGAGGAUGAAUGGUUGUUUGAUCAAAUACUUCCCCAAAAUGAACAAGUAACUUUACUGCAAAACUCUUCGAAAUAUGGUUUUGGAAACUUAACCUCUGGAGUUUUUCAACAGGUUAAGUCAGAAUUCAAAGAAAUUAUUGACUUGCCAGAACCAGAUGGCAUACUUGCUUCACAAAGAGAAGAACUCAAAAUUAAAGAUGAAAGUAACAGGUUUUGCCCAGACCACUACCUAGCUGACUUUAUGGAACCUGAAGUAAUAGAAGAAUACAUGAGUUAUACACCACCCUGGUGUACCGAGACAACUGAUACUGUGAAACUAAGUCACAAGGAAAAGGAUUGUUUAAAGAAACUUGGCAACAAAGAGUUUCUACUGAGUAGAGAAGACAAAACUGGAGUGUGGCUGUCUUUAGUUGACAUUGUGUUUGCUUAUGCCUACAACCAUCGGACGACUCUCGGAGAAAAUAAUGUUGAAUCUGCUUGGACCAUUAAUAAACUAAGUGCCACUUUGUCAUGGUUUGCUAAUUUCUCAAGCCUUCAUGGUGUUACAGUGAGUUGCAUCCGUCGUUCGCUUACGUUUCCUCUCUACAGAAACUGGGAUCUGGCUAAAUUGGUUUUGAAGGACACAAUAUCCAUUUUUAAACUUGGCCGUAGAAGGGUGCUAAAGUGCCUUGUGGAAGUUCAUUCAAUGUUUGCAGCCAGCGAGCCGAGAUAUUUGUUGAACCAGCUGUACAUCAAUGACUAUUGCAUCUGGCUUCAGCGAGCGUCUGAGACGAAACUGGCAAAGUUUACCAAGGCUUUGGAGGAGAUUACUGUUUCUAAAAAUGACAUUGGAUUUGAUCUAGAGGAAUUAGAACAGGCAGCCUUGCUUGUCCAAGAAGAAGAGGAAUUCCUGACUGAAAAAAUGAAUAAAAUUCAAAUACAAUCUGAGGAAAGUUCAACAAGUAGUGAUUCUGACACCAGCAGCGGAGAAUCGACGCUAGACUCUGAUGACGACAGUUCACCAGAGAGUUGAUAAUAGAGCUAUGUUGGAGAUCCCUAACUGGGCUGGAAUAUUUUCCUCCAACUAGGCCAGGAGUGAGAAGUCCAACCUCAAGAAAUGUUUUGAAAUUUCAACCAGUAUGGAUAACAAUUGUACUGGACCUGUGUAAAGUCAAAAGUGUUGGAUAUCGUGAAAAACUAGGUUUAUUUUUUACCAUUUAGAGUUAUUUUUAAUUUGUACUACUAUUAUAUUUCUUGAUUAUAAUAUCACAUGUUGUUUCUUUGUUCCAA